AUGAAGGAUUUUGACUCUUUCUUCUCUGCAAAAGAAGAGAAUAUUAUUUAUUCCUUCCUUGGCUUGGCUCCCCCUCCAGGCUCAAAGGUGACAAAAUCGCCCGAGGAAGCAUCUUCCCUUCCCAAUGGUGAUGUGGCAGGAGAAGCACAGAGCAACACAGAGGGAACAGAGAAGGCUGAAGAAAGUGGACAACACGAGGCACAAAAAGAGGGCAAUGAAGAUGCGGGUGACCUCACCGGAUCCCCGGAGAAGAAUGAAGAAGAGGGAGAGACAGCAACAGAAGAGACGGAAGAAAUAACCGCGGAGGGAGCAGAAGGGGAAGCGGAGGAAGCGGAAGCAGAGGAAGCGGAAGCAGAGGAAGCGGAAGCUGAGAAAGGAGAAGAGGAGGGGCCAGGAGAAGAAGAAGGAGAAGAGGAAGAAGAUUCUUAGGCCUUUUCAUGCUUUAUUCUUCCACUUGUCCAGGAAACCCAAGCCACGAAGCACCAUUUCAACUCUCUUCCCACAAACCAAAUUCAACAAAAUGCUUUGGCCCGAAGCUAGCACACGUCUGUCAGUACAUCCAGGGUUCACCGAGGAAUUGUAUGAUCCGACACGGUUAGAUCUCCAUGCAUAUACCUGCUUAAUCAUAUCAACAUGAAAUCAAAUGUGAGGACAACACAUGCAUACCUUCAUGGGCCUGACAUUUUGUGGCCUUUGCUUAAUUUUUUUUUUUUUUUUUUUUGCUCUGCAUGAAUAGACCUUCUAAUACCCUGAAAAAAAUUUCAAAAUAUAGAACUUCUCUUUGUGAGAUGACAAAAGUAUUUCUUUGUAUGUGCCUUAUGCUACUUUUCUCAGAAUUAGCUUUGAAAAUGAAGAGAUUUAUAGAGAACAAUCAUACUAAUAAAGAUGAAUAGCAAAUAUCCUGUCCCCAGGAGGAGAUUUCUUCAUUUCUAGUCUCUCUGUGUAUAACCUGAACUCAGUCUGUCUCUUGCAGAGUCUGAAUGCUCAGCAGAACUUUUCUGUCUCCAUUGGGAUGGAUCCUUUUUGUUGCACUGAUUAUUUGGUCCAUGUUUUCAAAUGUUAUGUCUUGUUAUGUCGUAUUUUAUAUUAUUCACACCGCUGCAUACAUGGUCUCCGAAGCCUUGUUUAAAUGUCACUACCGUCCACAUGUGUAGGGGUCAUGACGCAGACAAAUAAAUUUGCCAGCCCAGUG